AUGGAAGAUGACCCGUGUUACCCGUGGAACCCCGCCGAAUGCAACUACGACAUGGGAACCCGCGAGCCGUUGGAAAGUAUAGUCAACGGGUCGAUUCAGCGCCAUGGGUCACCCCACCCUUCCAGCCUCCAAGGUAAGGUCAUGAAAGUCCCCUGGUCCCUGCAGCCCCGGCGCCACUCCCGCGCCCGUGAGAUGGGGUCUGUCUUACACCGUCCGGCGGCUGCUCCGCCUAGGAAGGGGGUAGGGGUUCCAGUACCCUCGGAUUGGGAGGGAUGGAGAGGAGAGGACGGAUCCCAGGAGGAUAGGGAGAAUAUGACUUCCACCGACUACAUCCUGAUCAGCCUGCAAUCCGAGUACAUGGACGCCAACAAGUGCAUCGAGGAGCUACUCAAACAGCUGGAAGAAGAGCGGAGGAAUCGACAAAAGCUGAUUCACGUACUAGAGGAAGAGCGACGCUUGCGAUUGGACAGCGAGAAGCGGCUUCGGGAGGUGACGGACGAGUCGGAGCUGGGCCGAGUGCAGAUGGUUUCGCUACAGCAGCACUUCUCCAGGAUGGAAGAGACGGUGCGGACGCUGCUGCAGAACCAGGGGGUGCUGGAGCAGACAGCCGUGGACACUGUGGACAUCAUGAAGGCCUACAAGGAUAAACUCUCGGAGGAGGUGCAGAAGACGCGUGACAGCCUGGAGCAGAACGGCGGCGGUAGCGGCCCACUGCCGUCUUCUGGAGACCCUUCGCUGGCCGACAUCGGCAGCAUCAGCGGAGCGGAGGAGUUUCAGGACCAAACAAAGCUCCUUCUGGAGCGUCUGCGCACCCUAGAGGAGGAAAACUCAGCCUUGGCCAUGGAGAAUGAGAGCCAGAGGGAGCAGUAUGAGCAUUGUCUGGAUGAGGUUGCCAAUCAAGUUGUGCAGGCACUGCUCACACAAAAGGAUCUGAGGGAGGAGUGUCUGAAGUUGCGGACCAGAGUGUUUGACCUGGAGCAACAAAACCGGACCAUGAGUGUCCUCUUCCAGCAGCGAGUCCGACCCGCAUCAGACCUGCUCCUGCAGAAACUCCACUCUCGGAUCAUGGAUUUGUCUGCCGCUGAUCUCCUCCUGGAGCCUGAGAGAAGCAAAAGCUUCCUGCUAUCCAGGAACACUGACUCUCCACCUCAUGAUGUCCAACUGAACGGAAAGGCGGGACUUCCUGUGGCCAAGUGUUUGAGCCAGCUGAGUCUGACGGUGCAAGCGCCUGUCUACCCACGCAGCAGCUGUAGCAGCAGCGAGCUGUCCCUGUCUAGUGCCUGCAGUGAAUACUCCAGUGGCUCCUACACCUGGAACGAUGGACGCUCCUGUGGGAAAAUAUCAUCUCUGACGUGGGAGAAGAGGUUGAGCCUGGGUUCCUCAGCCCCCGGAAACGUCUGCGCCCCCCUGGAGGAGCAGCUCCCAACAAGGAGGAAGGAGAGCCACAUCCUAGAAGGCGCCUGGAAGCUCCAGAGGAGAAAACCCAAAGGCUCCUCAUCCUCCGGGGUCUCCAAGUCGGGCGACAAGGACUGCAUGAACUCUAAUGAGGGUAUCUACUCUCUGGGGAUUAAGAGUGGGAGCAAGGGAAUCUCCAAGCCCACUUAUGUGGGAAGGACCACUGUCUCAGGGGUGGGGUGCAAAAGGUUUGUGUACGACUCUGACGAUGCGGAUGACGAGUCACUACAUUCGGCGUACUGCAGACGAGACAGCGUCCCCAGUAAGGACGGAGGCUGGAUGUACUUCAGGAAGCUGUCGCACAGCGUCUCGGACAGUCUGUGUAGCUGGGACGGGCUGCAGGACAGUGGCGUAGUAGAGGAUAUUAACUGCAGCAUGGGUACGAAGCACCCGUCCGGCUAUAACUCCAAGGAGCGGCCGGAAAAACUCAAGAGCUUCAUCAACAGUUUCCUCUCUGGGGGACGGACCUCAGCUGUUCUAAACCCCUCCCUGUUGCACUUUGAUGUCAGCCCCACAGAGGCUGAAUGCCCCCUCCACCUCUCAGACACCGAUCCUGAGGAUCUGCACUCUGAGGUCAGUGACCACCGGCUGCCUGUUAGCCGGACAGCUGAGCAACUACAGAAGGACAUCAAGAGGCUCUCGAGGGAUGCUGACAAGCUGCUUCCCCUCAAGGCCAUCAGCUCAAAGAUCCCCAGCAGCCAGGGGAAAGGAUCUCCAAUUAAGGUUUCUAAGGGCUCCACCACGGAAACCAGCAACAGUGGACCAACCUCAGGUUUCACAGCUCAGGAGUCAAAGUCCCCUUCUUCUCCUCCGGUCAAGAUGUCCAGGUUCAUCAAAGCUCCAGGCUGCACUACAAGCCCCAAGGCAGUGAGCAACAAGCUUCCAGGCAGGAAUGACUGGACAAAGGGCUCCUCAUCUAGUGUUCCAACCGGCUCCCCACACUUUCCAAGAAGGCAUUUGGACCACAUGGACUACAGGGAACAGCCUACCAGAGACAGACACUGUGAAGCCAGCAGCAAAACUGAACUCAGGUCCCCGUCUCCUCCCCUGCCCCCUGGCCGCACCACCUCCUUACUUAUCAGACCAAACUACGAUGGGCACUUCGAAACGGGUCCCCACAAAACUCUACCUCCCUCCUCAGCCUCAGGGCAUGUGCCUGAUCACCCUGUAAAUGCACCUAAAAGCUCAAAGAAUGUCCCUCCUCCCUCAUACAACUCUCAACGUGGCUCUUCGCUUCAAAGCACAUUUACUAGUAAGAAAGGUACCAAUGACAAUAGGCAUCCUAUGUUGUAUAAGACCUCUAGUAGUUUUCCUGUAACUCUGCAGGGCCACCCUCAGUCUCCAACAGAACCUCACGGUAGUAUGACUCCUCAAGCUGUAGCGAACCCACCUGUCUCUGGAACUAGCACUCAAAAUUCCACUGAAAAAGCGUCAAAGACACGCAUUUCUAUGGGCUUCAAAGCUUUUGUGAAAUCACCCCCCUCACUGCAGAAAGGCUCCACCACAAUACCAGGAAAGCAAGAGAAGGAACACAUCAACUCGGUCUCCAAAGAGACUGUGACUUCAAAUGCUUUCGCCCCAUGUGACAGUUUUCAGGCAGUGUAUGUUGAUUCGUUAGCCAUGACUUCCAUCAUGGAGACUAAGGGUGAGGUCCAGUGCAUCCUUCAGGAAGAGGAGGCACACACCUCUGAGUUGGCAGAGCAAGGGGAGGUUGGUGACAAGUCGGACUGCGACAGUAGACUGUUCAAGAGGUCCAUAUCUGUCACGACCAAACCUCACCUAAAGCCCGCCCCUGGGGAUGAACGGGCGAAAGCGCGCAGCCAGAGUUUCAGCACCCACUACAUGGAAAAACCCAACAUCAACGUGUUGGACGGACAUGUGAAGAUUCGAACCCAGAUCAUCACCAACUCUGGAGAGAGGGGGAACUCAUUAACAAGGCAGAGCUCAUUUGUUGAGGGCCUACAGAUGAAACCCAGUAGCGGAUCUGGGGAAAGUCCGGUCCGUUGCCCUAGCCACAGGUUGAGCCACUACGGAGGUAUGACAGGCUCUAACAGCCACCAGGGCCUUCCGGAGAGAGCCUCCAAAUCGGGCUCCACCGGUGAUGGGCCACGGAACACUGCAAAGGGGGAGAGCAUCACAGCUCCACCUCAGAAAGAAGUGCGUAGCUUACCCCUUGCCGACCGGAUCGGCUUGAAGAACUCCCGAAAUCCCAAGAAGGUCGCAUCUCAUCCUCAGUUUGAGUCACCGGCCUCUCCUGUCUAUAGCCCAGAGGCCACAACAAAGGGUGGGAAAGUGCUCAGCCCCGGCAAACUAGACCUCCCGAAGAGCGUCAAAGUCCAGGCAGGCUGUUCUCAAGGGGCGCUUGAUGAGGAAGAGCAACCAGUGAGCCCCACAGUCUGCACCAUCGAGGAGAAGGUCAUGAUGGGGAUCGAGGAGAAUAUCCAGAAAGGUCAGGGUCAAGAGAAGGUAACAGCAUCGGAGACCAAGCAGAAGACCGGCCCUUCUCUGGCCAACUGGUUCGGCCUACGUAAAAGCAAGCUGCCAGCCUUGAAUGGGAAGAAAUCAGACGCCACCUCCCGAAAGAGAAAGAUGAGAAAAAAAGAUCUGAAGAUCGGAUCCGUGCUGGGAGGCAAACAGAUGAAAUCGGACAAAAAGAAGGACAAGAAGAAAAAUGACAGCCAGUUCGAAAAGAGUCCAGAGCUGACGUUGUCGGAGAACAAGCUGAGCUCGAUCAUGGAUCAUUGCAAUAUUCAGAUGGGACAAAUAGCCAAUCAGAUCCAGUGUUCUACAACCUACACCGGGAAAGACCAGUUCAUGAAAGAGCUUCUUGGCAGGAGUGUAAGGAAGGGCGACUCCAUCGCUGAAUCUCUCCCUGGCAUCUCCAUCCCCAAGAGAAACAGCGAUAUGAGGGGAGAUAUGGAGAUCUGCUCCGAUACAGCUACCAUCAUUGUGACACAGAAGAUCAGCCUGCAAGGAGAGAAUGAGGAGGACCCCACCCCCGAGACAUCAUGUCAGGAUCAUAUGAUAGGCUCCAGCUGCCAGAUGAGAACCCUGGACAGCGGGAUUGGCACCUUCCCCCUCCCCGACUCCAUCACCCGGGUCAACGGGCGCCACAUUCCCAGAUCCGAGUCCAGCCCAGACCAGAUGAUGACCCACCCGCAUGCACCACCCACCAGUGCCCUGGGCCACUCCCGUCUGACCCUACAGUUACUGGACCGAGGUUGUGGACAGGACGCCCUGAGCCGCCUCCCCAGACCAUCCACCUCAGAUGUGAUCAGAAGGAAGCGACUGAGUCAGAUACAGUUGCGCAGCACCAGCCACACAGUCACUACAGAGGCCCACGAGGAAAAAGUGGAGAAGAAGAGGAACACCAAGGACCUAAACUCACCCAGUGACAGAGUCCUGAGAGUGUGCACAUACUCUGGCAGCAGCAGUGACACAGAGACAGAGUCUGAAGGGAACACGCUAGGCUCCACCCAAAGCACUCUUACCAACAGAGCAAAGACAAGCAACCAAGUUGUCUACGAAGAGGAGACGAUGAAGAGGAGCAGUGUGGGAAAGUUCCCGUCAAUCAUGGACUACUAUCAACAUGACAUGUUCUCUCACAUAGAGAAGGACGACCACAGGAGGAGUUUCUCCCAAUACAACUUGUUGCACAACCAAUCAUCGCUAGAGGGAAAAGCACGAGACAGACUAAGCAAAGGGAAUCAAGUGGACAUGACGACAGGCGGCUGCGGCGGAGUGGUCCAGGCCGGCUCUAGAGACGUGUCCUUGGAGUCCCUGAACAAGCUGAACAGCAGUGGGCUGGGGCUGUACCCGGAGACAGAGCAAAGGCCAAGUAGCGGUGACUGCUCCUGUUCCGCAGGGGAGAGAGAGGAGGACUGCUGCAGCAGGGCUGACAACGAGCCCUCGUCGUCCAGCUACGGCUCCAACAAGCCCGGGGCGGAGCGUGUGGGUUCUCUCAGUGAUUCGCUUACGACAGCUUCUCCUCGUGCACCAGUCAAGGCUCCAACAAUGUGUAGAGUAAGAAAGUGGAGGCCGGGGACGAUUCUGUGGAGUCCUCUGCUACUCCCCACCAACCGAAGCACUUAG